AUGGAGCUCAUAAGUGAGUUUGUUGAGAGUUCCCGCACUUAUUCUAAAAGAAAUACCACUCGGGGAGUGAAAGCGGCAAGUUCUACAUCAUCUUUGGAGUCGGAGGUAUCCGACCUUAAGGGAAUGUUCCGGCAAUUUUUGGUGGGUGGUAAUCAACAACAAGUGAAGGCUUGUGGUAUUUGUUCCAACACCGGCCAUCCGACCGAUUCUUGUCCAACUUUGCAAGAGGAAACCCGAGAGGUGAAUGUCGUGGGAUAUCAAGGGCAAAGGAAGUAUGAUCCUUUCUCAAACUCUUACAAUCCCGGAUGGAGAGAUCAUCCGGCCUUUAGUUACAAGCAAGGGAAUCUAACCACCCAAGGAAAUCCGAAUUUUCAACAAGGUAAUCACCCUCCUCCUCACAUGCCACCAUAUCAAGCUCAAGGGAAAUCCUCUAGCUCCAACUCAAUGUCUACCGAGGAUAUGAUCAAGGCAUUGGCUCAAAAUGUGACUACUAUGCAGUCCCACAUGGUGCAAUUUCAACAGGAGACAAGGUCUAGCAUUCACAAUUUGGAAACACAGGUGGGCCAAAUGUCUAGUAUUGUGAAUAAACGUGAGGCACAAAGUUCGGGGAAGCUACCAUCUCAAACCGAGGUGAAUCCCAAGAGGAAUGUGAGUGCCAUGACUUUGAGGAGUAGCAAAGAGUUGAUUAAUCAAGAGCCCGGCAAGAGCAAAGUUGUGGAGGAGAUUGUAACCAAGGAAGAGAGGUGGAGGUUUAGUCCAUCAAAAGAAGCUGAAAAAUUGGUGAGUCCUAGCUCUCACCAAGAGUGGUUGAAGGAAAUUUGUUCCAUCAAAAAGAAGAAAAAUUUAAAAGGGAAGAAAAAGGUGAAGGUUAGUGAACAUGUUUCCGCCGUUUUUCAAAAGAGAAUGCCUAAAAAAUGCAAUGAUCCGGGCAUGUUCACUAUACCUAUAACCCUUGGUGACACAAAGAUUGAUAGGGCUAUGCUAGAUUUGGGAGCCUCCAUUAAUGUGCUUCCUUAUUCCUUAUAUGAGUCCGUAGAACUUGGUGAAUUGCUUCCUACUAAUGUUGUCAUAUAA